AUGACUUCAACUACAUCUCAGGAUGGAAGCUUCAUAUCAUUACAACAGGGGAAUCUUUUCUUGGGCAUCUUACUCAUUAAUUUCGAAAUUACCAUCGUCAGUACUGCUGUAGUGUCCAUCACAAAUGACCUUGAAGAAUUCGCCGAGAGCAGCUGGAUACUUACAGCAUACCUGAUCACCUACAUCGCCGGUCUAGUGAUUUGGGCAAAAAUGAGCGACUUAUUUGGCCGUAAACCAACAUGCAUAAUCGCGAUAACAAUUUUCACGGCUUUCUCGGGAGGCUGUGGAGCAGCUCAAACAAUGAGCCAGUUAAUCGUAUGUCGGGCAUUCCAGGGAAUUGGCGGCUCGGGCCUAUACUCAAUCUCUUCGGUCAUGCUAUACGAACUGGUUCCACCGGUGAAAUAUCCUUUGUACACGGCUUCAGCCAUAGCUCUCGCUGCUCUUGGAAAUACUAUGGGACCGAUAUUUGGUGGACUCAUAACCGAAAAGUCGACGUGGAGGUGGGUAUUUUUACUCAACGUUCCUCUCGGUGUCAUUUCUGGAGCUCUGUUGCUUUUCUCGGUUCCAGGCGAUUUUCCAAACCAAGGUAAAAUAGCAAGAAGAGAACGACCCCGCCUUCAAAACAUUGACUUCGUCGGGACAUUCCUGAUGCUUUCAGCCGUAGCACUUAUCGUCAGCGGUUUUGAUCAGGCUGCUUCUCGCCUCUCCUGGACGACCGCAGAGGCUCUGGGGCCCUUGUGUGCCUCGGCAGUUGCCUGUAUAGCUUUCUUUUUGAGUCAAUACUGGCACGCAAAACGCCACCAGAGCCCCAUAGAGUCUGUAUUCCCAUGGAGGUUCUGCCAAAGCCGGGUGAUUAUGGGUAUCAUCAUAUCUUCAUUCAUGUUUGGCGCCAUUAGCAUCACAUUCAUCUUCGAACUUCCUAUCCGUUAUCAAAAUGUUCAAGGCUUGAACUCUUUACAAGCAGGUCUCAGAUUGCUUCCAUUCUCAUUGAGUGGGCCUAUCGGAUCCAUUCUGUCCGCCGGUCUGUGCAAAAGCUUGCGAAUUCCUCCGAUAUAUAUUAUGAUUGUCGGGAGUAUAUUGCAGGUUUUAGGUAUUAUAUUCACAUCACGAAUGUCUACUACCGAUCUGAACUGGAAUGGCUUGUACGGUCUUGAAGUACUUAUAGGUAUAGGGUUUGGAUUUUGUUUAGGAGGCGCCACCCUCCUGAUCCCAUUCAUUUUCGAGAAAGAAGACCUUGCUGUUGGAACCGCAGCUACCGUCCAGUUCCGAUUCCUUGGAGGCGCUUUGGUAGUCUCUCUCGUCACAGCUGUAGGGAACAGUUGGGUCAGGAAUGAGCUGUCUGGUUCACUGAGCCCCGAGCAGAUAUUCUCUAUAUUCCGAUCAACCGACGUCAUCGACACACUGCCAGUCAGCCUGCAGGCCAUGGUGCGGCAUGAGUUUGCCGAAAGCUUCAGUCUGCAGAUGCGAAUAGUAAUCGGCUUUGCGGCUACUGGGAUUUUGACUACGCUGCUGAUGUGGCAGAAAUCUCAAAUUCAUGUUCAGUAA